AUGUCGUCUGGUGGUGAACAAUUUGGUAAUGAAAUACCACCGCGUUGUCCUCGGACCGUGCCAGCGGAACAGCAGCAGCAGCAGAAGCAGAAGAAGAAGAAGGUGAAGGACACAAACAAGCAGCAGGGGGCGCCUACAGAUCCAGCUCGUGCCCAGGCCGCCAUCAAGGCGCUCUCACUCUUUCAGGCAGCCAACUCCAAGGCGGCACAGGGUCCUGCGCCCUCAACACCAUCGAAUGCAGAACCUCAGGCGCCGUCCGGACCAUCCGGUGGUCAAGAGCAAUCCGGCGCUCAGUCCGGCACCUCAGCUGCCCCUCCAACUCCGUCGGCACCAUCCGGUGAUCCACAGACUGCGGUGGAUCAUCCGGACCCUGAGGAAGACGGUGACCUCUCUUCUCGUUCUGUUCAUCCGGCUAUGCAAGAGCCUUCUCCCAACCAUCCUGCCCCCAACUCAUCGUUUUUGGCAUUGGACCAGCCUGACACCCCCAUGGUGGAGCCGGACGACACCACGGCUGGGCAGGCCAAGCGCCGGAUGUCGGCCCCAUCCCCAGCAAAGCAUGACCCCAAGCGUCCGGCUAUUGGCGAUGAGGCUUCAGGCCGCCCUCGCGCUCCGGUUCGGUCUGGGUCCAUCUCAACCGUCCAUCCGGUUGCCCCUCUGCCUCGUGCCAUCCACGAAGGAGGGGGCAUCCCGAUCAUCCCUGCAUCCCGUCGCUUCUCCGAGCAGGUAAAGUACAUGCUCGAGUUUGUCAACCCGGAGGCUCUGACUGCGCUGUUUGACUCUGCGGAGCAAACCUUCGAAGAUGUCCGGGGCAUGGAGACCCUCCGGCAGGCUGUCCGUGACACAGUUGACCAAAGGGAGGUUCAGCACAGAGCGGCUACCGGUGAACCGGCAUCCCGCCCGGAUGAGCAGGUGACCUUCCAGUUCGGUCUUACUGGUCCGGCGUCCAGGCUGCCGAGGCGGGUUUAUUACGAAUUUUAA